ACAGUCAUUCUUAGAGAGGGGGUGGGUGUCUCGAACAUCGGUACAUUCGUCAAGAAGCAGGUCGUCCUCAGUUUAGCAGAGCUAGCAGACUGCUACCUAACGUGCACUGUAACACUACGAUGGAAGUUACAGUGAGCUAAUGUAGCUAACGUUAGCUUUGCUUAUAGCUACAGCGUUGCCUCGUUAACGCUGUGUGGUAAAGUCCUGCUUGACCGAGUUCACUGAUUAGCUGCUGUGUGUCGGGUUAACUUACGUUAGUUGCCGUGAACAUGGCAAGUGCCGUUUUGGACGUCGGCACGGGCGUGUUCGUGAUCGCCAUCGUUUGGAUUCUAUUACUUGUGUUUGGGAUGAUGCUGCUGAGAGCAUCUGGGUCUGCGAAGUUAGGCAUCAUCCCCAUAUUCUUACUGGCUCUCACCAUCACUUUGGUGCUGGUGUUUUUCCCACGCAGCCCAGAGACAGCGGCCCCUUUCAAAGAGACGGAGAUAGUGGACACGUUGUUCAUCGGGCGCUACGUGCUGCUGGCGGUGGUGAGCACCGUCUUUCUGCUGGUGGUCUUCAUGCUGAUCCCCUUUCAUUUCCUGGAGCCUGUGUAUGCCAAGGCCUUAAGAACGCAGUAGAGCUGCCAGGGUCAGAGCUGGCACGGGGAUCACAUCGCUGAUGUACACAACUUUAGACAAGCGGGGCACGAUGAGAGCCCCCCCCCCCCCCUUCAUGUGGAAAGGGACUACAGAAUGCAUCCCAAACAGAGACAGAGGGGGAAACAGUGUUUUCUUUCUUCAUCGCCAACUGUUUAUGUUCACCCAGCAGAGAAGAGGACUCCAUCAGUACCCAGGUUGUUUUAUUGUAUCCUUCAGUACACAAGAUGAAGAAAAACUGUUUUUUUUACUAUUUAUACUAAUACGGAAACACUCCCUUCACAUAUGAGAGAAAAACAAUCUGACUGGAUUUUGUCAAAUUCUGGUUUCAGUGCACCUAGAAAAUGUUUAGUAAAACUCUAAAUGCAUCUUAUUUACAGGAGAUUGCAUUUUUGUCUUUUCAUUUGUGUCUUUAUUGUUAAUAAAGUGAAUCGUUUUUCAUUACAAAUUUAUAUUGUAAAACUUUUCAGCUAAUUUGCAUAAUUCCAAUAAAAUUAAAUUCAGUUAUUUCAUAUAGCCCAAUAUCAUAAAUUAUUAAUUUACCUCAGGGCUUUACAAUCUGUACACAUACGACGUCCUGUCCCAGGACCUCACAUCGGAAAAUGCGUUACUUUACCUUCAUGAUCUAAAUCAUGGAUUUAAAUAAAAACAUAUAUGUUUAUCUAUUUUUAUUUUUUAUAUGAAAGACAUAUCAUUUGAAUACUAUUAAGUGACAGAAAAUAACAUCACAUUAUUUCUAUUCAGUGUUUUAUUAAUAUGUGUAUGUGAUGAAAUGAUGGAUGCUACUCUUGUUAGUUGAUAAUGAGAUACUUUGGAUUCCCAGAUUUUUCUGUGCUGAAAUGGUGUAAAUUCAAAUUUUGCAAUUGGUGUCAACAAAUAUUAUCAAAAGAGUUUCAUCACACUCAGUUGUCAAACAAUCAGCUGGCACUGGAGGGGGUUGUUAGUCUGACAUUGUCGUGCAAACAAGAAGACAUCUUUAGAGUAACGCCAGGGAAAGUGUUCCAAGUUCUGAUUUUCACUUAUAAUCUCAUCUUUGUCUUCUAUCUUGAAAAUAUAUUUUCAUAUAAAACAUGAAUAUUGUCUACAAAUACACUCAACUAAUCAAUA